AUCAAGUUGGAAGAGAAGAAGGAUCUCGCAAGCCUCUCUCUUUAUUUAUGUAAACGAGAAUGAAGUGUUCCAGGAUUAUGGUCUUCUUGUUUUUCCUGGCACUCGGAGUGUUGCAAUUGGAAGGAAGCCCAAUUGCGAAUGGCAGAGGAAUCGGUAGAUGGAAACGACCUUUCGAGGCAAUCGCAAGAAGACUGCUUCGACGAGCUGCUUCUCCAGCGAUGUUAUCAAAGUAUAAUUUGAAGUUCAUCAAUCUAAGUGAGGAAUUGAAAAAGAAGCAAAAGGAGCCGAAUUAUCCUGCAGCAUCAAGUUCUAAGCCAACUUCGCUUCCAGUUUCCAAAGAAGGUGUGCACGAUAAAAAGAAGAAAAAGGCAGGAUUAAUCAGCAAAGAUGUGCAUGGAAUAUGGGGACCAGGAAUCAACGUAGAAGUGGAAAAAGAUGCUCCGAGUUCUCUGCUGAGUUUUGUCCUUAAAAAGAUGAAGAUACCGCGAACGAAAUCAGGCAAACACUCCAAAAAAAUUGUGAAGUCACUGCCUCCUCCGCCAUUGUCCGUCCCACCUAUUCCGCCCGUGACCAUCCCGAAGGAACCCGAAGUGGAUUCGUAUUUGGUGGCGCUGAAAGAAUCGAGAAUUCCAUGUCAGUCUUUGGAAGAUCCCGCCGAUUGUGACGACUUUAGUUUGUUGUUCAAACCGUCCUGGUAUCCGCAGAGCUACGAACUUAAUGACCCUACCGGAAACGACGCCCUUUCCUCUACAUUCUACAACGAAUAUUCGUCAUCUUUGGCCAACUUUAUCGACCCUUCGCAAUUGAAGUUGGUUCAACCAGCGGCAGACACGAACGACUUCCUUCUACAAAAACCCAUUUUAUUCCUUUCUCCGAAUAUUAAAUUCACCAUUUAUCAUCAUUCAUCGCCUACUCUGAGCUCGUUAGACGACGUGAUUGCUUUACCAUCAAUCGGCAUUGCGAUGGAGACUGCAAUGCCUUCCGUUGACUCGUCAUCCGCCGAAAUGUUGGCAGAAGACGAAUCACCUUCUGUCCGAUCGUCAGGUGAGGGUGAAUCACCUGCACAUGAUCCAAUGGUCGAUAUGACAGGAUUGAAUAUCGUGGGCCCUUUGUCUGCAAUGAGUGUUGCACCAGUUUCAACAUGAGCUGUGGCGGGUGAAGAUGUCUGCAUUUGUUGUUGAUAAAUUAUGUACACUAUCUUUUUGUUCCUAUAGCUGUGAAAAAAGCUUUUCAUUUUAGUCAGGGGUUAUGUUAAGAGUAUAUGCAAUAUUUAAUUUUAUUUGUUUUGUAUUUCGAAACGUAUACUUGGAAGCAAAAUUCGUGCGUUGUCCAUAAACGAUAACUCCUCUCCUCUA